ACUCAGAUCAGUAUAGGAGAUGAUGUAGCCAGUAGUAUUCCCCAGAGGAGAGGGAGGAGUCCAGGUCACUGUGAUACUAGUGGGACCAUCCUGGACUGCUGUGACACCAGAGGGAGGCGAUGGACCUGCAGAAUGGUGGAGUCUCUGGUCCAAGUGACAGUGGUAGCAGGUCCACCAGUGGAGAUACAGCAUUGGUUGGAAUCUCACAACGAUAUAUACCAGUUGGUGAAGUGGCACUAUUUCUACGACGAAGGUCAUGUCUCAUAUUUCCCCCAAAUUCAUAAACAUCGCCAUCUCCACUACUGUUCUGCAGAGGAUCACCAUCAGGGAAAUACCACUGUCCACGAUGAAUACCUUCGCCACUUCUGCAACAUGUACUCAGAUCAGUACGACACUGAACGCUGUUUUUGUAACUUGUUUGAACCAUUCCGAGGUCUACAUAACCAUGGUUGGGUACAGCCAUAUUAUCCCCAAAGGAAAGACGAGGAAAGGCCUGACAGUCAAUCUCCAGACCACAGAGAAGACACAGAGCUAACAAAUAUCUCGAAUCCAUCGCGUAACAAUCCA